GAGUAACACAACUACUCUCUUUGCAGUUUUAAGGUGGCAGAAGCUUUACUUUUUGCUCUAUCAUUGGUAUGCUUCUGUUAGAAGAUAAAGUUGCUGAGAUUUACAGUGGUGUGAAAUAUUCAGAUAAGAAUGCUGGCAAGAACAAAUAGUAAAAAUAUGAAAAAGGAACCUACAGAUUUUCCUAAAAAAUGUCUGGAUGCAGCAGCUUCUGAAACAGACAUGAACACUUCAGUACAGGUUUUGGCAAAACCAAAGCUAAUAGAGCCAAUAGACUAUGAAAAUAUAAUUGUUCAGAAGAAAACUCAAAUAAUCAACGAUGGCUUGCGUGAGCUGCUACUUUUUCCAUAUGAUGAUUUUCAGACUGCAGUAUUGAAACGACAACACCAGUAUGUAUGUUCUACAAUUCCAGAGAAUGCAGAGAAAGAGGCUUAUAGCUUAUUUGUAACGGAGUGUAUUAAGACAUACAUCUCUGACUGGCAUGUUGUCAAUUUCAAAUAUGAAGAUUACUCAGGAGACUUUCGGCAGCUUCCAAACAAAGGGAACAGAUUAGAAAAGCUUCCAGUUCAUGUUUUUGAAGUUGAUGAAGAAGCAGAUAAGGACGAGGAUGCUGCAUCUCUAGGAUCUCAAAAGGGUGGACUUACAAAACAAGGAUGGUUAUAUAAAGGGAACAUGAAUAGUGCAAUCAGUGUUACUAUGAGGUCAUUCAAAAGAAGAUUUUUUCAUCUCCUUCAACUUGGUGAUGGAUCAUAUAAUCUUAAUUUCUACAAAGAUGAAAAAAUAUCAAAAGAACCAAAAGGCUCAAUUUUUUUGGAUUCCUGCAUGGGAGUUGUCCAAAACAAUAAAGUCCGGCGUUUUGCCUUUGAGCUCAAGAUGCAGGACAAGAGUAGCUAUCUUCUUGCGGCAGAUAGUGAAGCAGAAAUGGAAGAAUGGAUUACAACUCUAAACAAAAUUCUCCAAUUAAAUUUUGAAGCAGCAAUGCAAGAAAAGAGAUAUGAGGACUCACAUGACGAAGAUGAACAAAACAGGAUGGACAGCGCAUCUGGUUUAGAUACUUACCUUCCUGAAAUUGCAAAGAGUUGCAGAGAUUCUGAAUUCAAAUUCAAAAAUGAAAGCAGGGUUAAGCUCUUUGCACUGGACCCAGAUGCACAGAAACUAGACUUCUCUGGUAUUGAACCUGAAGUAAAGCCAUUUGAAGAGAAGUUUGGGAAGAAAAUCCUGGUGAAGUGUAAUGACUUAUCUUUCAAUCUACAAAGCUGUGUGGCUGAAAAUGAAGAGGGACCAACAACAAAUGUAGAGCCAUUUUUCAUCUCACUGUCACUAUUCGAUGUUAAGCAUAAUCGGAAGAUUUCAUCAGAUUUCCAUGUUGAUUUGAAUCAUAGCACAGUGAGACAUAUGCUAGCUAACACAUCACAGGAGUUGUUGAAUGGGAGUUGUGAUUGCUUACAUCCAAUUCAGGAUAUUAUUUCAGAUGUUAUACUACAAUAUCCCAAACAAGGAAUAUUCUCAGUAACGUGUCCACACCCAGAUAUAUUUCUAGUGGCCAGAAUAGAAAAAGUCCUACAAGGGAGCAUUACUCAUUGUGCUGAGCCAUAUAUGAAAAGUUCUGAUUCUUCUAAGGUUGCUCAAAAAGUUCUGAAAAAUGCAAAACAGGCUUGCCAACGACUAGGGCAGUACAGAAUGCCAUUUGCAUGGGCAGCCAGAACACUGUUUAAGGACAUGGCUGGAACACUGGACAAAAGUGCAAGAUUUUCUACACUUUACAAACAAGACAGUAACAAACUUUCAAAUGAAGACAUGCUUAAAUUGUUAGCUGAUUUCAGAAAGCCUGAAAAAAUGUCUAAGUUGCCAGUUAUUUUAGGAAAUCUAGACAUAACAAUUGAUAACGUUUCUCCAGACAUACCAAAUUUUGUUAAUUCAUCAUACAUUCCCAUGAAACAGUUUGAAAACAGUUCCAAGGCAGUAGUAACGUUUGAAGUAGAGGAAUUUGUUCCCUGCAUACCAAAACAUACUCAGCCUUUCACCAUCUACAACAAUCACCUUUAUGUUUAUCCAAAGCACUUGAAAUAUGACAGUCAGAAGUCAUUUGCAAAGGCAAGAAAUAUUGCAGUGGGCAUAGAAUUCAAAGAUUCUGAUGAUGAGGAUUCUCGGCCCCUCAAGUGCAUCUAUGGCAGACCAGGGGGUCCAAUAUUUACAAGACAAGCCUUUGCUUCAGUUCUGCAUCACCAUCAAAACCCAGAAUUUUAUGAUGAGGUAAAAAUAGAAUUGCCCACACAGCUGCAUGAAAAACACCAUUUAUUGUUUACCUUCUAUCAUGUUAGUUGUGACAGUUCAAGUAAAGGCACCACAAAGAAGAAGGACAUAAUUGAAACACAAGUUGGAUAUUCUUGGCUUCAGUUGUUAAAAGAUGGCAGAGUGGUGACAAGUGAACAACAUAUACCAGUAUCUGCUUAUCUUCCAAGUGGAUAUCUUAACAGUCAAGAGUCAGGCAUGAGCAAACAUUCUGGCCCUGAAAUUAAAUGGGUAGAUGGAGGCAAACCACUGCUGACAAUUUCAACUCACCUAGUUUCCACUGUAUAUACACAGGACCAGCAUUUAAACAAUUUCUUCCAUUACUGUCAAAAAACUAUGUCUGGUGCUCAAGCUUUAGGAGCUGACCUUGUGAAGUAUCUUAAGAGCCUUCACGCUAUGGAGGGACAUGUCAUGACAGCAUUUCUACCUACUAUUUUAAACCAAUUGUUUAGAGUUCUUACAAGAGCAACUCAGGAAGAUGUUGCAGUGAAUGUGACAAGGGUUAUUAUCCAUGUGGUUGCCCAGUGUCAUGAAGAAGGAUUGGAUAGCUAUUUGAGAUCCUAUGUCAAGUACGUUUUUAAAGGAGAAACUUAUAUUGCUUCAGAAUAUAAAACUGUACAUGAAGAACUUGCCAAAACCAUGACAACAAUCUUGAAGCCAUGUACUGACUUCCUCACAAGCAACAAGCUGCUUAAGUAUUCCUGGUUUUUCUUUGAAAUUUUGAUCAAAUCAAUGGCCCAGCACCUCCUGGAAAAUGCUAAAGUAAAGUUGCUAAGAAAUCAGCGAUUUCCAGCAUCAUUUCAUCAUGCUGUGGAAACUGUUGUCAAUAUGCUGAUGCCCCACAUUACUCAAAAAUAUAAGGAUAACCCAGAAGCGUCAAAGAAUGCAAACUAUAGUCUUGCUGUCUUCAUAAAACGAUGUUUCACCUUUAUGGACAGAGGAUUUAUAUUCAAGCAAAUUAACAACUAUAUUAGCUUCUUUGCUCCAGGAGAUCCAAAGGCUCUUUUUGAAUUCAAAUUUGAAUUUCUCCGAGCAGUAUGUAAUCAUGAACACUACAUUCCUUUAAAUCUUCCUAUGCCAUUUGGAACAGGCAGGAUUCAGAGAUAUCAAGAUCUUCAGCUAGACUACUCCUUAUCAGAUGACUUCUGCAAGCAUCACUUUUUGGUGGGACUGCUUCUCAGAGAGGUGGGAAAUGCACUGCAAGAAUUCAGAGAGAUACGACAAAUUGCAAUUGGAGUUUUGAAGAAUCUAAUGAUAAAACAUUCUUUUGAUGACAGAUACGCUUUAAAGAGUCAUCAAGCAAGGAUAGCGACCUUGUAUCUGCCAAUAUUUGGUCUACUGAUAGAAAACGUUCAUCGAAUUGAUGUCAAGGAUAUUUCACCCUUCCCUGUCAAUGCUCCUAGCAGUAAUGCAAAGGAUGAAUCACUUAAUUUACCAACUGCAAAUCCAUUGAUGACUCCACAAAAAUCUGUGAAUGCUCUUGACAGCAGUCUCCAGAAAGAUUUGUUUGGUGCUAUAUCAGGCAUUGCAUCCCCAUAUACUUGUUCCACUCCUAAUGUUAAUUAUGUGAGGAAUGCAGAUUCUAGAGGCUCUCUUAUAAGUACAGACUCUGGAAAUAGUCUCCCAGAAAAACAUGGUGAAAAGAACAAUUCACUAGACAAGAACCAGCAGGCUUGCAUUUCAGGAAGUUCAGUUGUUCGUUGUGAUAAACUUGAUCAAGCUGAGAUAAGGAGUUUACUGAUGUGCUUCCUUCAUGUUUUAAAAAGCAUGACAGACGAUGCUCUGUUUACAUAUUGGAACAAGGCCUCAACAUCAGAACUUAUGGAUUUUUUUACUCUUACGGAAGUAUGCUUGCAUCAAUUUCAGUACAUGGGGAAGCGAUACAUUGCUAGGAACCAGGAGGGGUUGGGACCCAUAGUUCAUGAUCGAAAAUCUCAGACAUUGCCUGUUUCCCGUAACAGAACAGGGAUGAUGCAUGCCAGAUUACAGCAGCUGAGCAGCCUGGAUAACUCUCUCUCAUUUAGCCACAGUUAUGGCCAUUCAGAAGCAGAUGUUCUUCACCAAUCCUUACUUGAAGCCAAUAUUGCCACUGAAGUGGGUCUUACGAUUCUGAAUACUUUAUCUUUGUUCACAGUGGCAUUUAAGAAUCAGUUGCUGAAGGAUGAUGGUCAUAAUCCUCUGAUGAAAAAAGUAUUUGAUGUAUACAUUUGCUUUCUACAAAAGAAUCAGUCAGAAACAGCUUUAAAAAAUGUUUUCAAUGCUUUAAGGACAUUAAUUUUUAAGUUCCCUUCUACAUUUUAUGAAGGGCGAGCUGAUAUGUGUUCUUCACUAUGCUGUGAAAUUUUAAAGUGCUGCAAUUCCAAACUAAGUUCAAUUCGAACUGAAGCGUCACAGCUCCUUUAUUUCUUAAUGAAGAAUAAUUUUGAUUAUACUAAAAAGAGAUCAUUUGUAAGGACACAUUUACAGGUUAUCAUUUCUGUGAGUCAGCUGAUUGCAGAUGUUGCUGGAAUUGGAGGAACAAGAUUUCAGCAGUCCCUUUCCAUUAUUAAUAACUGUGCAAACAGUGACAAAUAUAUUAAGCACACUACCUUUCCUUCUGAUGUAAAAGAUUUGACCAAACGCAUCCGUACAGUCCUAAUGGCUACUGCACAAAUGAAAGAACAUGAAAAUGAUCCAGAAAUGCUAGUGGAUCUUCAGUAUAGUCUGGCCAAGUCUUACGCUAGUACGCCUGAGCUCAGGAAAACCUGGUUGGAUAGCAUGGCAAAAAUUCAUGUUAAAAAUGGAGAUUUUUCAGAGGCAGCAAUAUGCUAUGUUCAUGUAGCAGCUUUGGUGGCUGAAUACCUUCUACGGAAAGGAAUGUUUAGACAAGGUUGUAGCAGCUUCAGAGUAAUCACUCCAAAUAUAGAAGAAGAGGCCUCAAUGAUGGAAGAUGUGGGAAUGCAAGGGGUUCACUUUAAUGAAGAAAUAUUGAUGGAAUUAUUAGAACAAUGUGCAGAUGGUCUUUGGAAGGCUGAACGUUAUGAACUGAUUGCUGAUAUAUUUAAACUUAUAAUUCCUGUUUAUGAAAAACGAAGAGAUUUUGAGAAGUUAGCUCAUCUCUAUGACACAUUGCACCGGGCAUAUAGCAAAGUUACCGAAGUUAUGCACACAGGAAAGAGAUUGUUGGGAACGUAUUUCAGAGUUGCCUUUUUCGGACAGGGAUUCUUUGAAGAUGAGGAUGGAAAAGAAUAUAUUUACAAAGAACCUAAGCUCACAUCUCUUUCAGAAAUUUCCCAGAGGCUACAAAAGCUCUACUCAGAUAAAUUUGGAUCUGAAAAUGUCAGGAUGAUCCAGGAUUCUGACAAAGUAAAUCCUAAGGAUUUGGACUCAAAAUAUGCUUAUAUUCAAGUUACACAUGUAGUUCCAUACUUUGAAGAAAAGGAAUUGCAGGAGAGAAAAACGGAGUUUGAAAGAAAUCACAACAUCCGGCGAUUUAUGUUUGAGAUGCCUUUUACUCAGCUGGGUAAAAGACGAGGUGGAGUGGAAGAGCAGUGUAAACGACGCAUCAUUCUUACAGUUAUAAAUUGUUUUCCAUAUGUAAAAAAACGGAUUCCCAUAAUGUAUCAACAAUACAAAGAUUUAAAUCCUAUUGAGGUAGCCAUUGAUGAAAUGAAUAAAAAAAAUGCAGAACUCCGGCAACUUUGUUCAUCAACUGAAGUUGAUAUGAUCAAACUUCAAUUAAAGCUGCAGGGUAGUGUUAGUGUCCAGGUUAAUGCUGGUCCAUUAGCAUAUGCAAGAGCUUUCUUGGAUGAUACAAGCACCAAACGAUAUCCAGACAAUAAAGUCAAAUCAUUGAAGGAAAUUUUCAGACAAUUUAUUGAAACUUGUGGGCAGGCUCUAGAAGUAAAUGAACGGCUUAUAAAAGAAGAUCAGAUAGAAUAUCAAGAAGAAAUGAAAGCUAACUAUAGAGAGAUGGCAAAAGAACUCUCUGAAAUUAUGCAUGAGCAAAUUACUGCUGUGGAAGAAAAGGCCAAUGCAAUGUCCAACUCACUACACAUUUUCAAUGCCAUUAGUGGGACAGCAACAAGCACAACAGUUCAUGGGAUACCCAGCUCUUCUUCAAUUGCAUAACUGUUUUAUACAUGAAAGUACCUUGACUUUGGAAAAAGAGGGUUUGGGGAUAGCUUGCUAACUCAGGAUAAAAUCAAAAAUUGUGAAAGAACUAUGCAGAUUCUAGUUAUUAUAUCAGUCAGGUAUAAGAAAAUAAGACAUCAAAAGUGCACAUAUUUUAUACUAUGCUUGCAAUAUUAUAUGUUCUGAGAAGUAUUUAGGAAAACUGAUUAUACGAGGAUUUCAUGAAGUGAAUGGCACAAUGUAGGCAGAUUUGGAACAUGUGUGUAGACACAAACUUAUGAGAGUGUUGCUGAAGUUAUGCACAUAUGACCUGAUUAAAGUAUUAACCACUAUGGACUAAAUAAGCACUAAACAGAGGUGUUAAAUGUAAGUAGAAGUAGCUUUUUAUAAUGUUAACUAACAGUUGUGCUCUAUUUUGUAACUUACUGGCAUUUUGGAGAGCUUAUAAGCUUAACAUGAAUCAAGCAUUUGCUUCCAAUCAAAGGUGAUUACAUGAUAUUAUCUUAAAUAAUAAAUGUAAAAGUUUGUUAAUACAGCUUAUAAGGUCUAUAUAAAUGUAUUGCAUUUUAAAUAUUUUUAAUAUUCAUACUCACUUUCACCCUUUUACAAUUGUGAUGGAUUCAUGUUCAUUCCAAGUAAAUGCUCUAUUUUCUUUUACAUUUUAUUUGUAUAUAUAUAAAGUGCAAUAUGAAGUUGUAUACACUUUCUGUAACAUUAUGCACUGUUUAAAAAAAACAUCUAAUUUUGCCAAAGUGAUGGAAUAUAAAAAUGGUGAUAACUACUGUGGAAAUGGUGAUGUAAUUUAAGGCUUUUGCUAUAUUGCUUGAAGACAUGAAUAAUUUUAUACUGGAGAAAAGAUAAAGGUUUUAAUUUUAUUUAACUGGAAUCACUGUUCUGCUGUAAUUAAACAUUAUGUAUAACAUCUAUAUUUUUUAAAAAAGUUAAUUUAUGUGCAAUUUAUUUGGAUCUUUUUAUUUUGCAAAAUGUAUCACUAAAAUCAAGUAUUACAUUAUUUUAAUAAAUGAUAUUUUCAUAUUCUUUUUUUGGACAUAUUUGGUUUAGGUUUUGUGCUGUUCUUAAGAUUUGCAAUAAAUGAUACUACUCAUAUGUGUA